GUACCGUCGCUAAAUGCUUUCCACCGUAUGCCGGCGGCCAUUGCAUUUGGUUCUUUUAUGUUUUCCCCGACUUUUCCAGCAAUGGGAGGAGUAACGCACGAAAGGAUGCACAUGCGCAAACAAAAGGGUCGCGUCCCUUCGCGCUACACGGCUGCGGCACCCCGAACAGCAUCCCUAGAAUCCUAUAUAAGAACCGGGCAGAUCCAGCACAUCCUUUGUAGUUGCUGGUUUGCCAUUCAUAGAGCUAGUGUUGGUCAGUUUAACCUGCAGCGAGUGCAAAAAUCUGUGAAUUUCAAUAAGAAUUCCCAAAGCGAUGGAUAAAAUUUGCCGCUCACAGUUACCGGAUUCAUCGUCUUCGCCGCCACUGAGGUUAUCAUCGAUAUUGCUGCGAUCCGUUUAGUUAUUUUCUCGAAAAAUAUAUCCCCAAAACUUCCCCCGGUUUGUGAUAUUGUGUGGACUGUUAAUGAUUUUUUAAACCGAAAAGUCUCACAAAAUCCGUGUACACGUGAUACUCUUCCUGUGUGUCGAUCCUAAAUUUGGUGAUUCUGUGUUUGUUGUGCUGUGGAUUUUGAGCGUUCUGUUUGUGCUUAAACUUGGUCCAAAUCGAUUUUCUAUUCCUACCACUGCUGCCGAAAAUGGAUGUGCUUAUGUACAACGCCCCAAACGCAUCGUACAGUGGCAUCGGGUUUCACAGCUUCGACGACGAGCUGAUGGCCGAUCUGCCAUCGUGCGUCUAUGCACAGCACCAUCAGCUAAACACGGUCCCCGGGAAUGGGGGUGCGGGUAGUAGCAGCGCGGGACACAGUGCCGGACACAGCGGCCACACUGGUAAUGCGCCCCCCAACUUGAGGCUGAACCCGACCAGCAUAAGGCAGAUGCAGCAUCAGUAUCUUCAUCAUACAGAAUGCUUGGACUCGUCCACCCCACCCAGCCCGUCCCUGUCGACGACGAUGGGAACCCACCCGUACAAUCCGCCACCGUACAACAAAAUGCAACGCCAGCAGACGAACGUCCGCGAGCGCAAACGGAUGAUGCGUUCCGCCCCGAAUGGCUCCACCAUUAACAGCAGCAUUAAUUCGGCGUUCGAUGAGCUGCGCGUGCACGUGCCUACGUUUCCGUACGAGAAGCGGCUCAGCAAGAUCGACACGCUGCGGCUAGCGAUCGCGUACAUUGCACUGCUGCGCGAGGUGCUCGAGGCGGACUACGAUCCGCUCACGUACGUGGAAAAGUGUCUGCGGGGGGAAAUAAAGGCCGACCGGGCACACUGGAACACGAGCGAUUUAACGGCACGACUGUCCUGGAUCAAUUGGGAAAACUUGGGCGUACAUCCGGGCAGACGUACCAUCCUGACGUCGCUGGCACUCGGAUCGUCGGAGAGUAUGGGUGCGUGUGGACCGCCGCCACAUUUGAUCUAGAUUGCAACCGCCGCACUCCUUUAAAAGCGGCACCAUUUUAAAGUCUUCCGUUUUGUUUAUUCUUUAAAUAUAAAUACUAAAACUGCAUCUAAUAACUAUUUAUCAGCACUAGGCUUACACCUCCCUAUUCCAAUAGGAAUCAGCUAGUUCUCUGUCGUACCCCAUUUUAAAUGAGAAUAAAAAUGAAA